AUGCCGUCGCUAUUGGCGCAUUCUCUAUUUGCGCGCCAGAACCCCCUGGACGAGGCGAGGAACACGCUCAGCUCAUGGGACAAUUGUAUGGCCAAGGCCUACUGCAAAUGGCCUGUCAUUGUCGCAAUCAUCAUUGGAGGCCUCAUCCUCAUAUCCGUGGUUACCUGCAUAGCGCGAUGCAUAUGCUGCGGCGCCGAUGGAAGAGGACACAAGCGCGUCAAAAGCGACCCAGCAGCCCAGUACCCUACGCCAUACGGUGCUUCUCCUCCUCCCAUGAAUCCCUACGCUCAAGCGCAUGCCGCUGCGCCGCCUGCUCCACCCAUCGAUACCCGCCCGGCGAACCAACAAUACCGCUCCAAUGCGAUGCCGACCUUUACGCCAGCUGUGCAGCCCGAAAGACCGCAAUUCGCAACUUUUGAUUCGACACGAGCCGUGGUCAACGAAGACGCCCUACCCGCUAUGCCGACAUGGAAAGAUGGGCGCGACGUACAUGUCGAAGUGGAGGAACAACCCGCGCCUCAAAAGCAAGGAGAUAUGGAGCUGGAUAGGCUGGACCGCAACGGCAGUGUGACAAGCGGAUCAAUGGGAGGCGUAGCAGCGGCCGCAGUACCGCCAACACGACGAUCUCCUGGCCCGGGCAGGUCCCCAGUAUCGCCAAUGGACAACUACGGCUACCCUCAAGGCGGCUACCAAAACGAUUCAUUCGUCAGCGAGGGAGCGCCGUUGAAUAACCAAGGUGCCUAUGGUCGGCCAUACGCACAACAAGACGAGUACGGCAGAGGUUCGCCAGCUCAAAACCUAUCGCCCGUUUAUGGAGCAGGCGAUGGUUACAGCCAGCAGCAGCAACAACAACAGUCAUACGGCCGCCGCUCGCCAGGCCAACCUCAGGCCUACGACUCGCGAGACCAGCUUGGUCAAUACAACCAACAACCACCCUACAACCAACAAGUCCCACAAACCUACGACCAGCGAGACUACUACGACGAACACGUCGACAACCGCUACCAAUCCCCCUCUCCACCCGCCGCAAACCCUUACAACAAUACCUACAACGCGAAUCCCUCCUCAUCCUACGACAACUUCGCACCAGCGCCAGCACCAAUGCAACAACCGAGUUCACUCACCCCUGGCUACCCAGCCUCCGAGUCAACGAACCAUGGGUCCUUUAUGAAUGCGGCGCCGGCGUACCCUGGGCAGAGGUCUUAUACGCCCGUGUCUGGUAGUGUUGGAGGACAGCAGCAGCCGUACCGCGCGUUCUCGCCGCUCGCGCAGGGGGAGCAGGGGCAACAACAGCAACAGCAACAGCAGUAUAGUGGGGUCAGCAGGAAGCCCGUUGAUGGGAGUUUUAGGGAAAUAUAG